CUUUUAUCAGAUCGACUAGGGUGGGUUUUCGUUCCGUGAAACCAAUGGCGGAAAUUGCUUUCGAUGCGAUGGAGCGGAUCCUGAUACGAUCGGAUGCGGAAGAUCUGGUGAGAUGGAAGGCCGUGUGUAAGUCUUGGUAUUCUCUCAUCCCCACUCCUUAUUUUACUGAUUCCCAUCUAAAACAUAAUAAUAAUUAUAAAAAUGAUAAAAGGUUGAUUGGGAUACGUGAUAUCGAUUAUCUUAUGGAUAAUUAUUUAUUUAUCAUUGGUUGUGCCAAUGGCCUUGUAUGCGUCGCUCCCCAAGGCUUUGAAUUUUCAGUUAUCAAUCCAUAUACUAAACAGACCAUGAAAAUACUUGAACCCCCACCCGAACCUCUUCCUGAGAGUGACCGAAGGUGGAAUCUGGUUUGGGGGUUUGGUUAUGAUCCAUCCAACAAUGACUACAAGAUUGUAGUUGGCCUUGUGACGGAAAGACAAACCACACAUUUUUAUGUUCUUUCACUGAAAACAUUCCUAUGGAAGUUUAUUGAAGAAAUCAGCUAUGCAAUUUUGGACUAUAAUAUUUGUGGCAUCUUAUGCGAUGGGGCUCUUCACUGGCUUAUGUCGUGUUGGAAAACUGGAGAGGUAGUCAUUAUCUCUUUUAAUUUAUCUCGAGAGGAAUUUACAAAGACUCAACCACCACCCGGCGUCGAUGAUAACGACUUCAAGAAACUUACUUGCAUGGGGGCCAUAGAAGAAUCUCCGUGCCUUAUACAAUCUCAUUGGGAACUACCCACCAAGAUAUGGGUAUUGAGAAGCAAUAGUAGUGGAAAACAAUCUUGGGAUCUGUUGCCGGAUAAUUAUGUAAUAAAUUGUGAUGCUGUAUGCUUCAUGAGCGAUGAAGAUCACUCUAUCUAUUAUACACCAUCACCUGGUCUUGAAAUCAACACUCUUGACUAUAUUGCUGCCCCUAUAUAUGUGCGGAGUCUUGUAUCUCCCCAUGUUAAAUUGGAUUCUACUUCUAAAUCCGGCUCUAACGACACAACUAUUUCAAUGGAAGAGGAGAGAGCUUGCAAAGAGGAAUGCUCUAAUAAGGCAGAUGAUCUUGAUGAAGAUGAUUCUGGACUUUUUAGUUUGUUUUUUGGUCAAAGUGCUGGUUCUGUUAACAGAAAUGCUGCAAGUAGUGGUGUUAGAGGUGGUGGAGAGAUGAUGAGCAGCAAAAAAGGGACUCAGAUGGAAGAUCAAGAAGAAAUGGAAGGCGGAGAUCGAUAGAUUACUGAGUUAGAAUAGAAGACCCCCUAAUUGUAGUUUAACUUUAGUUAUUUGCACAGUUGGAAGACAUCAUGGUUAGACUGUUCUAUUUUGUACAUCAUGGUUAGACUGUUCUAUUUUGUACAGUAUGACUUUUGAUGUCAAAGCUGUUAUA